AUUCGCGCUCGAGUAAAAAAUCUAGUUAUAGUAUAAAAAGACUUAACGAUCUGACCCAAUGAAGGCCCAUUAGUUUGAUUCAACAGGGCCCAUUGGCAAGUUUUCUGGAGGUUUUGAGCUCCGUUUAUAUAUUUGACAGGAGAGUCUCGUCAAAUGAGCUCGUCUUCUCUCGCCUUUGAACCCGAACGCCUGAAGCUGAAAUCGAGAAGCAAAAAAUAAAAAUGGAGAUUACGGAGAGGAGGCACGAUGAGAUCAUGGACAAUGUCAAGUCGCAGUAUGUUUCCGAUGAACGCCACUCUCGCGCGCGAGCUCAAAGCUGUACAGGUUUGCGAUUUGGUAAGGGGUCAGGAACCAGACAUCUUACGAAGAUAUCAUUAAGAAGAUUGUUGAAUUCAGCACGGUUGAAGGGUUUUGGGCCUGCUACUGUCACCUUGCUCGUUCUUCUCUAUUGCCUAGUCCAAGUGAUCUCCAUUUCUUCAAGGAUGGCAUUCGCCCCAUGUGGGAGGAUGGUGCCAACUGCAAAUGGUGGAAAGUGGAUCAUACGUUUCUCCAAAGGUGUAUCUUCUCGGUUCUGGGAAGAUCUGCUUCUUGCGUUGGUAGGUGACCAGCUUGAUGAUGCUGAUAACAUCUGUGGGGCAGUGCUGAGGACAUCAUUAGUGUGUGGAAUCGCAAUGCUUUUCAUCAUCAGCUCUUCCUACAGGAACACUUGGCUGAGAGGAUAGGUUCAAAGUAGACCAUUGUAUCACGUGAUGUGGGGAAAGAUUCGGAAAGCUCUCCUGCAACCUACCUGGGAAGAUAUAUGGACUGAACCAUAUUCUCGAUAGCACAUUGUCAGAUGGCUCACGAACUCAGCAGCGAAAAUCCUGGCUAAUUUUGUGUAUUUCAAUCGUUUUCUUGUUUUCAGAUAUAAUGAUUUAAUGAUAACUUGAAUUCACGUACUGGCGUACAUUAUUAUCACUUGCGUCUCAAACAGUA